AUGGCCGCUGCCACUGGCCCUGUCGCUGCCCCAGCGGCUGCGGUGACGGCAGCAGACGCUGUACCACAUCAGCAACCACAAGAACAGGGGCAGCAGCCGCAGCACGAGCGGGUGGUUCUCCCAGAGGCAGUAUAUCCGACUUUUGUUCCCCGCAAUCCGGGUAUCCUUGACGGGCAGUGGAACGCCCGCGAUGAGGUCAUGGUGCGGAGGGCGCUGCGGGAUGCGGCGGAGGUGGUCGCGCAGAAGAGCCAGUCAGAACGAGGCAGCAUCACCAUCCUUGGCAGUGAAUUGACCGAGCUGGAGGACCUAGCGGAGCGUUACGGACAGCCGCGAUUUCGCGCCAAGCAGUUACUGGAGGGAGUGCUCAAGGGUGCCCACAGCGUGGAGGAGAUUACGGCGAUCCCGAAAAGCUGGCGCGCUCAGCUCCUAGCCGACGGAGUGCGCUCCGGCCGCUCCCGUCUCCACCACUCGGUCGGCGAUGAGGACGGCACACGCAAAUUCCUGCUGCAGCUUCAUGACGGCCGAAUUGUAGAGACGGUGGGCAUCCCCACGGAGGAUCGCCUCACCGUAUGUGUGUCCUCGCAGGUGGGCUGCCCCAUGCGUUGCACGUUUUGUGCUACAGGCAAGGGUGGCUUUGCUCGCAACCUGGCGCCGCAUGAGAUUCUGGAUCAGGUGCUCACAGUGCAGGAGCAGCUCGGCAGGAGGGUCAGCAACGUGGUGUUCAUGGGUAUGGGGGAGCCGCUGCUGAACCUGCCCGCGGUGGUUCGCGCCUACCAGGGCCUCAACCAGCAGGUCGGCAUUGGGGGAGCCUUCAUCACCAUAUCUACAGUGGGUGUCCCCAACGCCAUCCCCCGCCUGGCCGCCUCCUCCCUCAAGGCCACGUUGGCAGUGUCCCUGCACGCACCCAACCAGGCGCUGCGAGAGAGGCUCAUUCCCUCAGCCAAGGCCUACCCCUUGGAAGCCCUCAUUCAGGACUGUGUCACGUACUACCGCAUCACGGGUCGCCGUGUGACAUUCGAGUAUACGCUGCUGUCCGGUGUCAAUGACGAACUGGAACACGCCCGAGAGCUGACGGCGCUACUUCGCCGCCACGACCUCAUGUCCCACGUCAACAUCAUUCCCUGGAACCCCGUCGAUGAGUCGGAGUUCGUACGGCCCUCCCGCAACCGAGUAUUUGCUUUCCGCCGCGCUGUGGAAGCCGCUGGCCUGGCGUGCACCGUACGGGAGACGCGGGGUCUGGAGGCGGCGGCUGCGUGCGGGCAGCUCCGGAACCGGUUUCAGAAGCAGCCGCUUCCUGACUUCCAGGAGCCUAUGUGAAGACCUGUAGUGCCGAUGGUAGUGCCGGCCAGGGCCAUGUACGAGGCCCGGACGGUCAUGAGGAAUAGCGGGCGCAGCCGAGAGCAGGAAAUACGGCGAUAUGGGGGGUGGGGAUUUGCAUGGUAUUACGUUUGCAGCGGUUUGGGGGGUGGCGAGUUGGUGUUUUCCGGCGGAGUGACGGAGGUUGGUCCCAUGGGUGUGAUGGCCCCUGCUGCUGCAGCUGCUGUCGCUGGUCAUAGAUAGGCGCUGGGUGGUGAACGGCGGGAACCGCCGCGUUUAUUUGGUGGUUAUGUAACCGCAGGCGGAAGCUGUGUAGGAUAUUGUAGUCGAAAGGGUGGAGGCGGGGAUGGGCGCCUGUGCCCAGGGAACCGCCAUACGACGGGAAAGGUAUGUUACUCUGCUUACUUGCAGUAUUGAAACAAUGAUGAAUUGG